CCCAUCGUCUUCUACUCUUCUUCUUCAUAUUCAAACUAAGCGGCCGCCGGUCUCCUCUGUGAACGGUGUUCACUCUUACUGUAUUUUUUUUUUCGUGCCAUUUCCGCAUCCCGAAUCCCGCUUAAUUCGGAGACAACCCGCAAACUAAAUUUGAAAUUUCAGAUUUAUAGUUUUCUCCAAAUCCUGCCUGUUGGUACAUUAUUUGCAUUCAGUCAGCUUACGUAACGGAGCCAUUUAGAGAGAAAAGAUGCCUCUUUACGACUGUAUGCUUUUGUUAAAGCCCCAUGUCAGGAAGGAGGCCUCGAUGGAAUUGGUUUCCCGAGUUGGAAAGCAUGUUUAUACGAAAAAUGGAGUGGUUGCUGAGAUGAAGUCUUUUGGAACUGUUCAAUUGGGUUAUGGUAUCAAGAAGCUUGAUGGAAAAUACUAUCAGGCCCAACUGAUGCAAAUGACGAUGAUGGCUCCACCGAGUAUCAACAGUGAGAUGCUGAGGUACCUGAACAAGGAAGACCGGUUGCUUCGCUGGCUCUUGGUUAAACACCGUGACAUCAAAUAUGGACUGGAAUUUUUGAGCGAAGAUGAUGCUAAAAAUGAGCUCAACAGGUUCAAAAGCAACUUAUAUGACUAUGAUAACACCGAUGAGGAUGAAGACGACGAAGAUGAAGAUGAUGAAUAUCAACCAGAGACAAAACAUGCCUGAAAAAUGGUGUCACUCACCAGGAAAGAUGAAACUGCAUUAUUUUUUGUGGUAUUACUUUUGUUUUUUCCCCCAUUUUGAGCCUAUUUGGGAGUGAUUUUGAGAAUUGAUUUUUUGACCGUUAAGAGAAAAGUGGGG